CACAAGACCCUACGCCUUUACUUGAGCAGUCACGAAUCUAGCCGUUGCCACAUCGAGAAUUUCGUAAGUGUUGCCAGCUUGUCCGCAAAAGAACAACCUGAGCAGUUCGGGCAACAACAGGCUGACGAAACGGUCCCCCUCCUGAAAGCUACCUCGGAACGCCUGCGUGCUCUUGUAGUUAGCGUAAGCUUGCAACUCUCACCCACGCGCCACCCGCCGUGCUCUUUUAAAGGGUCCAGCAACUGCACUUAAGCACGGACACACCACACGAGCAACGGAGAGAAGGCCGCCUGGGAGCAGCAGCAGCAGCAGCAAGACAACACCAGCCAGCACCAAACACCAGCGAAAGCAAACCAGCCAUGGCAACAAGCGACGCCCCCAUCCCGCCUCCCACGAGCGGCGGCGCCGCCGCCGGCGACAGCCAGCAAAAAAUAGCCUUCAUCCCCCUCGAGGCCAACCCGGAGCUCAUGACGUCCCUCCUGCACAAGCUCGGCCUCAGCCCGGCCCUGCAGAUCCACGACGUCUACUCCAUCACCGAGCCCGAGCUCCUCGCCUUCAUCCCCCGCCCGGCCCUGGCCCUGCUCCUCGUCUUCCCCGUCAGCGCGGCCUACACGUCGCACCGCCUCGCCGAGGACGCCGGCGAGGCCGAGUACUCGGCCUCCGGCGACGCCGAGCCCGUCCUGUGGUUCCGCCAGACCAUCCGCAACGCGUGCGGCCUCAUGGGCCUGCUGCACGCCGUCAGCAACGGCCCGGCCAGGGGCUUCGUGCAGGACGGCACCCCGCUCGCCAGGCUGAUUGCCGAGUCGGUGCCUCUCAAGCCCGAGCAGAGGAGCGCCCUGCUGGAGAGGACCCCCGAGCUGGCUUCUGCCCAUGCAGAGGCCGCCUCGCAGGGCGCGACUGCGGCUCCCGACGCCCAGGACGAUGUCGAUCUGCACUACGUCUGCUUUGUCAAGACAGACGACGGCGAUGGCAACGGCGGCACGCUUUGGGAGCUUGACGGCGCGCGCAAGGGUCCUAUCAAGAGGGGCAAGCUUGGACCCAACGAGGACGUCCUCAGUGAUAAGGCACUCUUGUGGGGUCCGCUCAAGUUCCUCGAGAGAGAGGGCGGUGACAUGCGCUUCUCGUGUGUGGCGCUCGCAGGCUCGUUGGAUUAGGCACGACCAAGUGGGAAGCGUUCAAGUGCAAUCAAAGAAGUGCACCAUUAUGAUAUCCAUGGUCACUUUUCAAAGCAUCGGGCUUUACGCUAUGCUGCAGACAUGUUGCAGAGCAUCAAUGUAAAGAACUACAAGCAUAUCAAUU